AUGGAAGGAAUGGAGGAUUUGUUGGUUAGUGAUUUAAUUGAUCAAGAAUCAAUGUCUUGGGCUACAGACUUUAUGCAUGAACUUUUCACGGAGGGGGAAGUGCAGAAAAUGGUAGCUAUUCCCAUUAGUUUUCGUGGGGCUGAUGAUCGCUUGAUUUGGCAUUAUGACAAGAAGGGUUUGUAUCAGGUUCGUAGUGGUUAUCAUGUGUAUAAUUUGGCUAUGUCUAAGAAGCUCAUGGCGUCAACGUCGUCAGGGGAUAUUGGUGGCAUAAAUAGCAAGUAUUGGGCUACGGUUUGGGGGGCCCGUACUCCACCAAAAGUGAAAUGCUUUAUAUGGAGGCUCUUGAAGGAUAUUAUUCCUACAAAGGAGGCACUCAUGCAACGUAGAGUAGCUAUGGUGGACCCCAAGUGCAUGUUCUGCAUGGCUACAGUGGAAACAGGUACGCAUUUAUUUAAGUCUUGUUUAGCUUUACAACGUUUCUGGUUAUUUGGCCCUCUGAAAUUAAAUGCUACUGCACACCCGGCCAACUGCGUCCGAGAUUGGGUCUUAGAUAUGAUUGAUUCCCUGAGUGGGGAUCAGCGGGAUUUUUUCUUCAUAGGUUUAUGCGCCAUCUGGAAAGAAAGGAAUAAGCUUGUGUGGAAUGAUGAUCACUUCCAGCCUAUGCAUAUGAUCCAGUGGGCUACUCAAAUGCUUGAGGAUUUUCAAAAGUUCCACCCGAAGGCAGUUCGGAAGCAGCGCCGACCUCUAACUAAGUGGCAAAAUCCUCCAAGUGGUCGUCUGAAAAUCAAUGUUGAUGGGGCAUUUAGAGCUGAGGAAGGGAGUGGAGGUAUUGGGGUAGUUGUCAGGAAUGAUGCUGGUAUGGGUAUUGCUGCUUUGGCCAGGACUUUUCUACAUGCACACUCGGUUCUUAAUAUGGAAGCGGAGGCGUGUAGGGCUGGCUUACUUCUUGGUAUUCACUAA